AUGGCUCCAGGCGAGAACCAGAGCAGUGGUGUGACAGAGUUCAUCCUAGCCGGCUUCCCAAAUCUCAACAGUACAAAAGCAGAAUUGUUUUCUGUGUUCUUUCUUGUCUAUCUGCUGACUCUGACAGGCAAUGUGUUGAUUGUGGGGGUGGUUGGAGCUGAUACUCGCCUGCAGACCCCCAUGUACUUCUUCCUGGGCAACCUGAGCUGCCUAGAGAUCCUGCUCACUUCUGUCAUCAUUCCCAAGAUGCUGAGCAAUUUUCUCUUAAGCCAACACACUAUUUCCUUUGCUGCAUGCAUUACCCAAUUCUAUUUUUAUUUCUUUCUUGGAGCCUCUGAGUUCCUACUGUUGGCUGUCAUGUCUGUGGAUCGCUACCUAGCCAUCUGUCACCCUCUGCGUUACCCCUUGCUCAUGAAUGGGGAUGUGUGCUUUCGUGUGGCCUUGGCCUGCUGGUUGGGGGUACUCCUCCCUGUGCUUGGCCCUACAGUGGCUGUGGCCUUGCUUCCUUUCUGCGGACAGGAUGCUGUGGUGCAGCAUUUCUUCUGUGACAGCGGCCCACUGCUCCGCCUGGCAUGCACCAACACCAAAAAGCUGGAGGAGACUGACUUUAUCCUGGCUUCUCUUGUGAUUGUAUCCUCACUGAUGAUUAUGGCAGCAUCAUAUGGCCACAUAGUCCUGGCUGUCCUGCGCAUCCCCUCUGCUUCGGGUCGUCAGAAGGCCUUUUCUACUUGUACCUCUCACUUGAUGGUGGUGACCCUCUUCUAUGGAAGUGCCAUUUUUCUCUAUGUAAGACCAUCACAGAGUGGCUCUGUGGAUACGAACUGGGCAGUGACAGUGGUAACAACAUUUGUGACACCACUGUUGAAUCCAUUUAUCUAUGCCUUGCGCAAUGAGCGAGUCAAGGAGGCUUUGAAGGACAUGUUUAAGAAGGUGGUAGCAGACUAUUUGUGUUAUCUUUUACUUGCUAAGAGUUUCAAUGAGAAAACAAUGAGGUGA